AUGAGUACCCUCAAGAAAGUUGCCGUCAUUGCGACGAGUACGCGAACCCCAAGCAUCGGGACAAAAGUCGCAGAGCUCGUGAAAGACAUCAUCGCCGCCGACGCCGAGGGCAACGGAAUCGACCUGUCUCUCGUCCAAGUCGCCAACUUAAAGCUCCCCGUAUUUGAUGAGCAGGUUAUCCCCGCGCAGGUCCCGGCCGUCGGCAACUUUGCCCAUGAGCACAGCAAAGCUUGGAGCAGCGAGAUUGCCAAGUACGACGCCUACAUCGCCGUCGUUGCCGAGUACAACUCGGGCCUCUCCGGCGCGGCGAAAAAUGCCAUUGACUACUUGUACCACGAGUGGAUCGGGAAGCCGAUCGCCGUUGUCAGCUACGGCAUCAUGGGCGGCAAGUCGGCGUCGGCGCAGGCCCAGAAGACGCUGGAGGGCAUGAAGCUCCGGGUGGCGCCGACGCGACCGGCGCUGGCUUUUGCGGGCGGCCCCGGUCCGGAUCUGGUGGCUGCGAUGGGCGGCGAGAUCGGCGAAGAGUCGCGCAAGAAGUGGGAGGGGGAAUCGGAGACUCUCCUCCAAGCUUUUGGGGAGUUGAAGGAGCUUCUCAACACGCCGCCACCCAAGCCCAAGACGAAGCAAUGA